ACCCUGCUCUCCAGUUCAAAAACAGGCCAAACACUCGGCAAGUGCGUGCGAUUUAUUACAGUUGUCCUUUAUUCCGAAUAUAUUUGUUUCAUAGAUAUGGAGAAGCCGGUCGAAACUGGAGGACGUUUGCGGGAUAUGCUAUUGGCCGCUCGAUGUGUUGACACAGGUUUGGUCGAACUGGAGAAGAUGCUAAUGUCAAUAGAGGGCUUGAUGCCUGAUGAGAGCAACAAAGAAGCAGCUCUUGAGGCAGCAAGUAGUUUAUUUCAAGAGGUUAAAGAUGUUGAGGUAAACAUUGAACAGUUAACAAACAUUUAUAAAUCGUUGUUCGAAGCUACUAAAGAAGAGAAUGACAAAGCUGAUGUAGCAAUUAAAUCUAUGCAGGAUGGCAUUAAUCAGAUCGAAGAUACAUUAAGGAACUAUGGGUACGACAGUUCUAACAUGCCUGAAUUAAUCCCUGAAGAGAUGGAAGAGAAUGGAAGCAUUAUAGAGGACAGCGAAUCUUCAGUGGAAGAGGUCAAAGAUGAGGCAGACGAUGAAGUCCCCCUUUCACCUGGACGAGAAAUAGAGGCCAUGAGCGAAUCUCUCUUGGGUGUAGAGAUCACUCCAAUGCUUCUCUCAGGAAAAAGUCGCAAGAACUCUCACAACAGUGCUUCAUCUACCGGCACAACCCCUCUUCCUUGUUUCAAACAAACCAGUGUGCCUGUAACUUGCGUCCCCAUUAUCAAGUAUGAAAAUAAUGCAAUACAAGAAAAAAAGGAAUCAAAUCAGCUGUCAAAGAAACUAUUACAGAAGCCAGAACGACCUGUCUUAAGUUUGAAUUACUAGUAAAAAUUCCACCAAAAGAUUUUUAUAAAAGGGAAAUGCAAUGGCAUGAUAAACUUGCCUUAAUUGUUUGCUAUCUUUUUUAGACUUUAGCCGUUAUAAGAUUUUCCUCCCACAAUCAUGUGCUACAGUACAGAAUCUAUCGCUUUUGUUGAGUUUUAGAAACACGGUAUACUACCUUUCCAAGCCUUGAUAGAAUAUCAUCUGGUUUUGUAAAUUUAUGUGAGACUUUCCUUCCUUGUAGACAACUUAUUAUUAAUGAAGAGGUCAAAAAAGGUAGUACAGAAAA